CCUGUAUCUGUUGGGUCUUAAAAAGGGGUUGUUAAUCCACUUCAGUGCAGAGGGGUUUUCUUGCAAGGCACUGAUUUGGUCUUCAGCAUCAAUUCGAGGUGAAGGGCAGAAAAGAUUGAAAUAUUUGGCCAUGUCUGUCUACUUGACCCUGAUUUUCCUUCUGUCCAUUAGUACAUCUCUUCAAACAUCUGGUAGCGGAAUAUUUUCAAUCUAUAAUGAAGAUAGCAAGCUCUGUGCCCAAGCCCAGAACUCUAGCUCAGUCAUAACUGCCACCUGUGAUGAGCAUGAUGAGUUUCAGAAGUUCAAGUGGGUCUCUGCCAAACAGCUGCUGAGCAUGGCACUCAAGCUGUGCCUGGGAGUGUUCACGAAGGACGAUGAGGCUGCCAUCACCUUGGAAUCCUGUAACAGGACAAAUGAACUCCAAUGGUGGGAAUGUAGAAAUGAGACAGUUGCAAGCUAUGGCAAGGAUUUGUUUCUCAACUAUGGCAAAGGGAAGGGGAAGAAAGUCAGGCUGUCCAAAGGAUCAGGCAAAGGGAGCAGGUGGAAAAUCUAUGGAACUACAGACAGCUUGUGCUCUCAGCGCUAUGAGGAUAUCUAUACACUGGGAGGAAAUGCCUUUGGUGCACCUUGUGUGUUCCCUUUUAAGCUCAAGGGUAAAUGGUAUGCUGAGUGCAUCCCUCACACUGAUGAUGCCGAGUCUCUCUGGUGUGCAACUUCUUCAGAUUUUGAUAAGGACCCCUUGUUUGGAAAUUGUCCACUAAAAGACACCACCCACAAUAAUCUUUGGAAAACAAAUCCUGUGACAGCAACCCGCUAUCAGAUAAACUCGGAGUCACUUUUGACAUGGCACCAAGCAAGAAAAAGCUGCCAGCAGCAGAAUGCAGAAUUAUUAAGUAUCACAGACCUUCGUGAAGAAAUGUAUUUAUUAGGGCUCACUAGUGACCUGGGCAUCAAUGCAAAGCUCUGGACUGGUCUUUACAGUGCCCUUGAGAGUGGCUGGCAGUGGACUGAUGGCAGUCCUUUCAGAUACCUGAACUGGGCUCCAGGAAACCCCUCUGUGGAAUCUGGAAAAAUAUGCGGGACCUUCCAAGGUAGGAAUGGCAAAUGGGAAAACCAGGUGUGUGAUCGGAAACUGGGAUAUGUCUGCCAAAAGAGAAACAACUCCUUGGAUCCUUCCACUCUUGCCCCAGGUGACUUAAAGCCUUUUAAGUGCCCUAGGGAAUGGGUGCCCUAUGCAGGUCAUUGCUACAGAAUUUAUAGAAGACCAAAAAUAUGGAAAGAAGCUCAAUCUUCCUGUAGAAAAGAAGAAGGAGAUCUGGCGAGUAUUCAUAAUAUUGAAGAGUACAGUUUUACAGUGUCCCAGCUUGGGUACAAGUCAGAUGAUGAACUGUGGAUUGGUCUAAAUGACUUCAGAGUUCAGAUGUAUUUUGAAUGGAGUGAUGGCACACCUGUGACUUAUACCAAAUGGCAUCACGGAGAGCCAACUCACACAUGGAAUAAGGCAGACUGCAUCUGUAUGAAGGGAGAGGAUGGAUCCUGGGCUGACAGUGCCUGUGAAAUGAAAUUUGGCUACAUCUGUAAAAGGAAACCCUUGGCUGAAGAAUCAGGGGAAGUCGAGGUUACUUACCCAGGCUGCCAGAAAGGCUGGAUGAAGCACGGCUUUUACUGUUACUCCGUGGGGCAGCUACCAGCAACAUUUUCAGAUGCAAAAAAAAUCUGUGAAGAAAACAAAGGUUACUUGGCUACUGUGAGAGACAGAUAUGAACAAGCUUUUUUGACCUCCAUAACUGGAUUCAAUCCAGCAAAAUACUUCUGGAUUGGUCUUUCAGACGUUGAGGAGCAGGGGACAUUCAGUUGGGCCAGUGGGGAUCCAGUCACCUUCACUCACUGGAACGUGGGAAUGCCUGGAGGGGAGUCAGGCUGCGUGGCCAUGACAACAGGAACUUCAGCUGGAUUGUGGGAUAUUGUGAACUGUGAAGAAACAAAUAUGUUUCUCUGCAAGCAGCUGGUGGAGGGAGUGACUCCCCCUCCUCCUCCUCCAACGAUAUCCCAUCUUCUGCUGUGCCCAGAGGGAUGGCAAUCCAUUCCUCAGAGCAGCUUCUGCUUCAAAAUUUUUCAGGGAGGAAGGGAGAAAAUGAAAACAUGGUUUGAUGCAAAAGAUUUUUGCAGAACCAUUGGAGGAGAUCUGGCAUGUAUUCACAGUGAAGAAGAACAAAACCUGAUAACAAGAUUAGAGAGAGAUUAUAUUCAUUAUUCUUACUGGAUGGGUUUAAGUGCCUUGGACACUGACAGUGGAUUUACAUGGAGUGAUGGCUCACCAGUAAAUUUUGAAAAAUGGUCACAUGGAGAACCAAACAAUUAUGAUGGGAAUGAAAAAUGUGGCGUGUUUACUGGCUAUCUCAAUAUGAACUGGAAUGAUUUAUUUUGUGAACACAUGCUGGACUAUAUUUGCCAAAUUAAAAAAGGAGCGCCACUGAAACCAGAACCUAAUUCUACAUUCGAUUAUGAAUAUGUUGCUGGUGAAGAUGACUGGGUAAAAUAUAAUCACAAGGAAUACUAUUUCAGCAAAGAAGCAAUGCCUAUGCAAAAAGCCAGAGACUUUUGCAAGAAGAAUGGUGGUGACCUUGCUGUCAUUGAGAGUGAAAGUGAAAAAACUUUUCUUUGGAAAUAUAUUUUCUAUAAAGACUGGGGAAAUAGCUUCUAUAUUGGCUUAAGUGUGAGCCUUGACAAAACAUUCCGGUGGAUGGAUGGAACCCCAGUGAACUAUGUUGCCUGGUCUCCAAAUGAACCCAAUUUUGCAAAUAAUGAUGAAAACUGUGUGGUCAUGUAUACCCACACAGGUACAUGGAAUGAUCUCAACUGUGGCAGUGUUGAAUUAUUCAUCUGUGAAAGGCUUAAUGACACUGUUCGUCCAGCUGUUGCUCCCACUUCACCACCACCAAAGGGUGGGUGUCCAGAAGACUGGCUUCUCUUUGAUAACAAGUGUUUUAAAGUCUUUGGUCUUGAUGAAAAUGAUACAUUGACCUGGCACGCUGCACGGAACAAUUGCAUUGAUUUUGGAGGAAACCUGGCUACUAUAUCAAAAAAAGAAGAGCAAGCUUUCCUUAUGUCCCUCUUAAAAGAAGCUGCUACUGAUGCUUGGAUUGGACUGAAUGACAUAAAUCAGGAGCACAUGUACUUGUGGACAGAGGGAAGCCCGGUAGACUAUACAAAUUGGGCAAAAGGUUCACGAAGUUAUUUUAGUAUGGAUGAUUGUGUCUUUUUGAUGAAGAACCCUAUUGAACAGGCAGGGAAAUGGAAGGAUGAAGGAUGUAAAACAAGCAAAAGUUACAUAUGCCAGAAAAAUUCGGACCCCAAAGUGCACAGCUCCCAACCCACAGUUCCGAUGAUUGGCUUUAACAAUUAUGGUGAUGACCGCUAUGCAGUCGUCAAGGAAAAAAUGAGCUGGGAAAAAGCAGAGAAGGAGUGCAGGGACCAGUCCGCAGAACUUGCCAGUGUCUUGGAUCCUUAUGCUGAAUCUUACGUGUGGUUACAAAUAGUGAAACAUGGGCAGCCUGUGUGGAUUGGCCUUAACAGCAACACAAAUGGUGACCAAUACGUAUGGUCAGAUAGAAGGAGGAGCAGGUAUCUUAACUGGGCCAGUGGAGAACCAAAUAAGAACACAGCCUGUGUCUAUUUAGAUUUGGAUGGGUAUUGGAAGACAGCAUCUUGCAAUGAAACAUUUUCAUCUCUCUGUAAACAAUCCAAUGAGUUAAUCCCUACUGAGCCACCACAGCUUCCUGGGAAGUGCCCUGAACCAAAGCAUGGUAGAUCUUGGAUUCCCUUCCGUGGUCAUUGUUACUAUGUUCACACCACUUCUGAGGAAAGCUGGCCUGAUGCUUCCAUGAUGUGUAUUCAAAUGGGUGCUUCUCUGGUUUCCAUAGAAGAUUCAGCUGAAAUGAACUUUCUCUUACUUUAUUUGUCUCCACUUGCAAGCGACGUCAGAAAGUUUUGGAUAGGAUUGUUCAAAAAUAUUGACGGAGAAUGGAUAUGGUUGGACAGAAGUGCGGUAGAAUAUGUCAACUGGGAGAAAGGAGAGCCUACGGCAGUUUUUGAUGAACACUGUGUUGAUAUGGAUGUCUCAAGCGGAACCUGGAGGACCUAUUACUGCUCUGUUGACCAGAAUUUUAUUUGCAAAAUCCCUAAAAUUGCUGAAGCUGAGCCAACUGAUGAUUCACCUCUCAAUAAUGCAUCAAAAAAAGAAGCUGCUGCUUCAUCAACAAAUGGUUUAGGUGGGAUAAUUUUUAUACUGAUCUUCCUUCUGCUAGCUGGAACUGGCCUUACAUUGUAUUAUUUCUAUAAAAAAAGACGUGGUCAACAAAUGUUUACAGCAAGUUUUGAAAAUGCCAUAUACCGUGGUGACCCUGGAACUCUUGAAUCAAAUUGUCUUGUGACCAAUAUUGAAGAAAAUGAGCGGGCAACAGUUUAAUAGGUUGGAUAAUCUUGGGCCUGAUUUUGAAAAGAAUUAAAAUACUAGCAUAUGAGACUUCUUAAGGCAAAGCAAUUCUCUCCUAUGGAAAUUCUAGCUAAUUUUGCACAGGGUGCUCCUUGCUUUCUGUACUAGCAGGAACAAGCAAUCUUGCAAGGCAGAUCCAGAGAUCUGCUCACAAACUGUAGUACCUGGGAGGAUUGUUGAGCUUACACAUAGACCUGCAGCUGUGAACUGCUCAGGCAGCUCCAGUCUCUGCAUGGGUCCAGCAUUAUCUUUAGGCACAAGAACCAUGCUCAUCACAGACAAUUUGAGAAUAUGCACCUUAGCAUGCUCCAAAAAGUAUAUCCAGAUAUCCUGAAAAAUGCCUUAAUCUCCAGUGGAGACUGGCAGAAUUGCACAGGUUGGACUAACCUCCAAGGUCAGCUGGGGCAGAUCCCUGUUUGAAGCAGGACCAGCUCCCUGCCUCAGCCAGGCAGCCUGCUCCAGCACUGUGGAUCCAUGUCUUCUUUUUGCUAAUGAGGUACCACAGAAACCCUUUGUCUUGCCCAUAAUAUCUGAAUUAACAUAAUUUGCUCCUCUGUAUAUGACUCAGGCAAAUGGAAAUUGUAUUUCUUCUGCUAUAAUUCUGUAAUAUACACAAUGAAAGAUCAACUAUUAUAAGAGGUUGGAAUGUAUUGUGAAUAGUAAUGCUUUAUCAUUUAAACAGUCAAAUAGGGAUCUCAAAGGAUGUUGCAAAAGGAUGGAAAUAGACAGGAGAAAUUAUACUUAAUUCACACCUGAAAAACUACAUAAAAAUAUAUUCUUGAUAUCUCCAAAACCAGUGAGGUUUUCAUUCCUUUUUAGGCCAUUUUUACAAAACAUAAUGAAACUUACCAUUAGAAAGUCUUUUCUAAUUUCUAAUCAGAUUUUCCCUGUCCAAGUCUGUUUUAAAUCUUUGAAUAACGUUCCAGACUUCCAUCAUGAUGGAACUGAUGGCAUUACAUGUCAUACUUGUCUGCUGGUAUAUUCUCUGACUUCAUAAACCCUAAAAAUAGGCUUACAUAGAGUUUGGGUUUUUUUUAACUUUCCCAGUGUAUUUUAUGGCAAAUGUAAACAACCAUAUGACUCAAAAUUCUUAGUCUAGGGUAUGCCUUUAUUUAAUUUGAUACUUUUUGAUAUUUUAAUCUUUUGACAGAUUUUAAUUUUGUUUAAGUUAAAAUAUUUUGUGUGUGUAUGAAAUACCUGUAAAUAAGUUUUUAUUCUAUGUUCGUUUGCUAAAUGGGAAUUAAAAGGCUGAUU